AUGUCGCAGCACCACCCUGAAUAUGUUUCUUUAGUUUGGGGAGCGAUUAAGUUUUGCUUCAUUAGCAUCAUCAAUCGAGAAGUGCUUGUAGCACAGCUUUCCAAAGCCUUGGCUCAGAUAGCAGAUGCACUUCCUCGGGCUGCUUUAACACUUGUCUUGUUUCCAACUGAAAUGAUGAGGAAUGCCGUCGCAACGAUAUAUGCUCAAGUCACUAAGUUUCUCAUCUGGGCUCUGAACUGGUACAGCGAGGGUCGACUAAAACAUAUGUACCAUGUAAUUACCCAACCCUUCUCUCCCCGCUACAAAGACAUCCUUGAAGAGAUUCAGACUUGCUCGCGGACUAUCGAGUCAGUAGUAUCCGACGCGGCGCAAGCAGAGGUGAGGGACAUGCAUAUCAUCAUCCGAGAACUCAAAAAAAUAGCAGUUGAACACUACAGCCUCACAUCCACUAGGCUCCUCAACACCAACCGCCAACUGUCCGAGCUCCAGGUCUCUGAAAUCAUCACCUUCGUCGCUACUACACCUCUACUCUAG